GCAGGCUUGCGGGAAGGGGAUGUUUACUUCAUUCUUAAGAGGACAGGACAGCAUGAAGCUCUCAGGAUCAUAUCAACUGCUCUGGACGAUUUCUCUUGUUCUACUGGGACAACCUGAAGGGAGACCCCGCCCAGUGCUCAGAGUUUGUCCACACAGCUGGCCAGCUGAAGGAGACUCAGUGACUCUGAGCUGUGAGGUUAGAGACACCUCCUUAAUCUGGACAUUCCUCUGGUACAGAGCAGUUCCCUACAGAAGAACUGCUCCAUUCAGAGAGGACUCACCUGAUGUUCGCGACAGAGGGAGCCCAUACUCUGUGGAGCUCCUCUCAGACAGCAGCAGAGGAGCUGGAGGCUCCUAUACUCUCAGCCCUGCUGCUCUUAAACACACUGGGCUUUAUGUGUGCAGAGCAGAGGGUGGAGAUCCCACCUAUCAGACAGACUACAGUGAUGUGAAAGGGUUUUGGGUCACAGGUCUGUCUCCUCCAGCCUCUUUGGUCAUCAGACCCAACAGAACUCAGCUGUUUGAAUCUGAGUCUCUCUCCCUGAGCUGUGAGGUGCUGGACAACUCUACUGGAUGGAGACUGAGAUGGAAAACAAUGAGAGAAGAGACGUCAGACUGUCCGAUUGGUUGGAGAUCAGAAGCCGGACCCACAUGCAGCACCAGCAACCUAGAGAUAUGGAAUAGGGGGGUAUACUGGUGUGAGUCUCAAUCUGGACAACACAGCAAUGCUGUCAACAUCACAAUGAACAGGACACCCCGCCCAGUGCUCAGAGUUUCUCCACACAGCUGGCCAGCUGAGGGAGACUCAGUGACUCUGAGCUGUGAGGUUAGAGACACCUCCUUAAACUGGACAUUCCUCUGGUACAGAGCAGUUCCCUACAGAAGAACUGCUCCAUUCAGAGAGGACUCACCUGAUGUUCGCUACAGAGGGAGCCCAUACUCUCUGAAGCUCCUCUCAGACAGCAGCAGAGGAGCUGGAGGCUCCUAUACUCUCAGCCCUGCUGCUCUUAAACACACUGGGCUUUAUGUGUGCAGAGCAGAGGGUGGAGAUCCCACCUAUCAGACAGACUACAGUGAUGUGAAAAGGUUUUGGGUCACAGGUCUGUCUCCUCCAGCCUCUUUGGUCAUCAGACCCAACAGAACUCAGCUGUUUGAAUCUGAGUCUCUCUCCCUGAGCUGUGAGGGGCUGGACAACUCUACUGGAUGGAGACUGAGAUGGGAAACAAUGAGAGAAGAGACGUCAGACUGUCCAAAUGGUUGGAGAUCAGAAGCCGGACCCACAUGCAGUACCAGCAACCUAGAGAUAUGGAAUAGGGGGGUAUACUGGUGUGAGUCUCAAUCUGGACAACACAGCAAUGCUGUCAACAUCACAAUGAACAGGACACCCCGCCCAGUGCUCAGAGUUUCUCCACACAGCUGGCCAGCUGAAGGAGACUCAGUGACUCUGAGCUGUGAGGUUAGAGACACCUCCUUAAACUGGACAUUCCUCUGGUACAGAGCAGUUCCCUACACAAGAACUGCUCCAUUCAGAGAGGACUCAGCUGAUGUUCGCGACAGAGGGAGCCCAUACUCUCUGAAGCUCCUCUCAGACAGCAGCAGAGGAGCUGGAGGCUCCUAUACUCUCAGCCCUGCUGCUCUUAAACACACUGGGCUUUAUGUGUGCAGAGCAGAGGGUGGAGAUCCCACCUAUCAGACAGACUACAGUGAUGUGAAAAGGUUUUGGGUCACAGGUCUGUCUCCUCCAGCCUCUUUGGUCAUCAGACCCAACAGAACUCAGCUGUUUGAAUCUGAGUCUCUCUCCCUGAGCUGUGAGGGGCUGGACAACUCUACUGGAUGGAGACUGAGAUGGGAAACAACGAGAGAAGAGACGUCAGACUGUCCAAAUGGUUGGAGAUCAGAAGCCGGACCCACAUGCAGCACCAGCAACCUAGAGAUAUGGAAUAGGGGGGUAUACUGGUGUGAGUCUCAAUCUGGACAACACAGCAAUGCUGUCAACAUCACAAUGAACAGGACACCCCGCCCAGUGCUCAGAGUUUCUCCACACAGCUGGCCAGCUGAGGAG